AUGGUGACAUCUAGGGAUUGGAUAAGCCCAACUUAUGCCAAAGACUCCAAGGCUAAAAAAUUUGUGGAGCAAAUCUUGGACUCUGGUUUUUGGAAAUGGUGUGUUGAUAUUGUGAAGCUUACGGAGCCAUUCAAUGCUGAAGAAUUUGAAAAGCAUAAGAACACAGAAUCUGGCAUUUUGGAACUCAUUGAUAGGUACACACAUGGAGAUCUUGAGUUGCAAGAUAAAUUAAAUGAAGGCAUGAGGAUAUAUAAAGAUUUUGAAGGAGAUUUUGCUAUACAAGCUGCAAUAUGUAAACAGAACAAAGUCGUGCUAGAUCAAUGGUGGGAUUGUUAUGGAUGUAGUGCUCCACAAUUGCAAAAAUUGGCUAUUCGUGUUUUAAGCCAAACUUGUAGUGCUUCGGGUUGUGAUAGAAAUUGGAGUAUAUUUGAACAGAUCCAUUCAAAAAGGAGGAAUAGGUUAGAACAUCAAAAGCUUAAUGACCUUGUUUAUGUGUUGGAGGAGUCACCAUCAUUCUUAACUCGUGAAGAGGUGGAGACUUUACGUAAUGAUCUUGCAAACAUGUUCAUUCAAUCAACUCCAUAUGAUAUUGAUAAAUUAAAUCUGGAUGAAUAUGAGGAUGAUGAUGUGUCACAACCACCAAACAACACCAUGGAAGAUGUUAAUCCAAAUGAAAGUAAUAUCGGUGAAAAAUUUCAAUCUUUUGAUGAAGAAUGA